CACCCUUGUUAGUUUUCUCUUUCGCUAAAACCCUACGUAAACGGUAAACCCCUUGUCGGAAUUUUCAGAGAACCCCAUGGCAAUGGAAAAUCAGCGAGAGCUCCCGGACGCAGUACGCUUCAACGAGAAGUCAGACAUAUGCAAACAGCUUCUCGACCGCUACGGCAAGUCCUCGGCGGCGCAGCAUAGACACCUCUGCGCCACGGCCGCCGCCACCCGCUCCAUCAUCCAAUCCGAGUCUCUUCCCUUAACUCCUUUUUCCUACUUUGCCGCCACUGCUUCCACUCUCUCUGACUCCUCCAACUUAGAUUCCGAUGCCUUGGUUGCACUCUCGUCGUUUCUGUCAAUUGUUCUUCCUUUGGUCCCCGAGAAGGCGAUUGCCCCACCCAAAGCCACCGAUGCCGUUGGAAUGCUGGCGGCGGUGCUGGAACGGCAGCCACUGGACGACGCCGCGGUGGGGAGUUCCAGCGCUAGGGCAUUGGUCAAGUGCCUUGGGAUCCUGUUGGGGUUCUGUGAUUUGGAGGAAUGGGAUUCAGUUAAAUUAGGAUUGGUGACGCUCUUGAAGUUCUCUAUUGAUAGGCGUCCGAAGGUGAGGAAAUGCGCUCAUGAGUGUGCUUUAACAGUUAUCAAGUCACUUCAGUCUUCCUCUGUGAUUAAAAGGGCUAGUAAAUUUGUGUACUCAUUUGUUGAAGGUCACAUGUCAUUGGCAAUAAAAAUGAGUGCUCCAGAAGCAGUUGAUGGAUUUAAAGAUGAUUGCCUCUCAAAAUCUGGACAUCAAGAAGUGCUUCACACAUUAAACUUGAUGAAAACUAUUGCUCCAUACCUUUCUGUCAAAGUGCGCCAAAAAGUAUUGACACAUUUGUUGAAGCUAAUGAGCUCCCGUAACUCAGAUUUGACGAGACAUGUUUUUGAUAAUGUUGGAGUGAUAUUAGACACUCCAAAAGUUGAAAUGGUAGCUCCAGAUUCAGAAAAUAUUUUAAAGUUACUUGUUUCAUACAUGUCUUGCUUGGAGAACCCUACUGACAAUAUACUGGUUGCUGCAACCUUGACAAAACAAAUUAUCAAGAAGCUUUAUGCCAGUGAAAUAAGUGGAUGUUCUAGCCAUCUAGAUUUGGUUAUUGGCUCCAUUACCGGUCUUCUCACAUCUGAAGCUACUGCUCUGCCAGCUUUACAUAUCUUGAAAGAGUUGAUCGAACUGCAUGCUGAUAACGAUAAAUUAUCAUCCAUCAAAAAACAGAUGGUAGAUGACAAUGAUGCUGACAAUGCUACCAACAAUCCUGAAUUUGCAGCUGUGAAAUCUAUUUGUUCUGUCUUUAAUAAUUUGCUUAGGAGCUCUGAUGGAAUCCCCAAUGAACAUAUUCUACGGAUUGUAUCUGUUUUGUUUCUUAAACUUGGCGAGAUAUCAUACUUCUCUAUGAAAGAUAUACUACUAAAACUUGCUGAUUGGAUGAAUGUUUCUUCUGGUGUUAAUGGUGCUUCUAAAACAAAAUACCUUCAAGAGUGUAUUGGAUCUGCCACUAUUGCAAUGGGUCCAGAUAAAUUACUUGCACUGCUACCAAUCUCUGUCAGCGUCAGUGAUUAUUCUUGCUCCAACACUUGGCUCAUACCUAUUCUAAGUAAAUAUGUUAUUCAAUCAACUCUAGCAUUCUUUAUGGAGCACAUUGUUCCACUUGCAGAAUCUUUUCAACAGGCAUCCUUCAAAGUUAAAAAGUCAGUAAUUGGGCAAGAACUGCAGGCUUAUGCCCAUGACUGCUGGGGCUUGUUGCCUGCCUUUUGUCGUGGUCCCACUGAUAUUCACCAGAAUUUCAGUGCUUUGUCUAAACUUCUGAUUCCAUUUCUCAAGAAGGAUUCCUUUAUUCUUGAAAAAAUUGCUGCAUCUUUGAAGGAACUGGUGAAUCAAAACAAGAAUUUAGAUGCACACUGUUGUAUCCCUGGAGCAAUUAGAGUACUUCUCGAGAAUGAGGAAAACAAAGAUUUUGCAACGGACUUCAAAAAGAAGUGUUCUUAUUCAAAAAAGGCUGCAGAAAAAAAUAUUAGGGCUAUGCGUUGUUGCUCUAAGGAACUGCUUCAGGCUUUAACAGAUGUCUUAAUAGAUUCAUAUCCUGAGACACAUGAAUAUCUGAAGGAGGCAAUUGAAUGCUUGGCAUCUAUCACUGAUUCAGAAACUAUUAAAAAUAUACUUAUUUCUUCACUGGAGAGGUUCGGGCUUGCAACUGGCACAGAAGCAUGUGAAAUGCUUGAAGAUAGUUCCAAUUGUAAACCUGACGAGGGAGAAGGUGGUGUUACCUCUAUUCAAGAAGAUGCUAAUAGGUGCCUGAUACUGGAGCUGACAUCAUGUCUUAUUGAGGGAGCUAAUGAUGAUCUCAUUCUUAUUAUUUUUAGCAUUGCUAAGCGCACUUUUGAGGUGAAUGAUGAGAUUGUCCAGGCUGAAGCAUAUAACAUCCUCAGUAGAAUGCUCGAGAAACAUCCUUGGUUCCGUUCUUUGCAUUUCGUUCAAUCGAUGGAAUUAUUGAUUGGUGUUAAGUCUCCAACUAACAUCAAAUCGCUUACCAGUCGAUUUUCCUGCUUUAAAACCUUGCUGAUUCAUGCAGUUGAGGAAAACAUGGAUGAGGAGAACCCACAAGUUUUUUUAAUUCUCAAUGAGAUUAUACUUGCCUUGAAAGAAUCCAAUGAGGAAGGUAGAAAAAUAGCCUAUGAGGUUCUUAUUGGGAUAUGUUCAUACCUGCGGAACUCGUCGUCGCCCAUGUCUCAUGAAUCUUAUAAAAACUUCAUCACUAUGGUUAUGGGUUACCUUUCCGGACCCUCCCCUCAUAUAAAAAGUGGUGCAGUUUCUGCACUUUCUGUCCUGAUUUACAAUGACACAGAUAUCUGCCAAUUAGUACCUGAUCUAGUCCCUUCAGUUCUUACACUGCUGCAAAGUAAAGGUGUUGAAAUUAUAAAAGCUGUUUUGGGAUUUGUGAAGGUAUUAGUAUCAAGCCUUCAAUCAAAGGACCUGGAAAUUUUCCUUCCAGACAUUGUUAAUGGAGUUCUACCUUGGUCGUCUACUUCCCGUCAUCAUUUCAGAUCAAAGGUCAGUGUUGUCAUGGAGAUCCUUACAAGAAAAUGUGGUACUGCCACUAUCAAGUCAAUUGCAACUGAAAAAUAUGGGAACUUUCUCAAGACUAUAUCUGAGAACCGUCAUGGAAAAACGAGUUUUAAAGAAGCUGCAACCUCAACUUCUUCCAAGCUAUCUUUCAAGGGGCAACAAAAGAGGGGUCAUGGAGAGUCGAGUAAUGUGCAAAAGGAUGAAAGUAGUUUGGGUCCCAGGAAGCGGAAGUGGGAAAGGAGACAAAAAAGUUUCAAUGGUAACCUUCCUGAGGAAGCAUCUUCAUUGGGAACUAGAAAACGGAAGAGAGAUUUCAAUAAGAAGACAGAUCUGUCUACCAGGAAAAGUGAGUCUUCUGGUAGAAAACUAGUGAAAAGAGCUGGAGAAUUGGGUCCUGCCAAACAGAAAGGGGGUGGGUCAUCACCACACAGAAACAGCAAGAAGAGGAAUUUCAGCCAAGAUGCCCGUGCUGGGAAUACAACUCCAAGAAAUAAAGCCGAUAGUCAACACCCUGAUGCUGUCUCCAACUUCUCAAAGCACAACAAGUUCCAAAAGACACGACAAAAAAGACAGUAGAUGAGGACAGGAAGACCAAACUCGUCUCUGUGAAUGCUUAGUAGAUGAGGACAGGAAGACCAAACUUGUCUCUGUGAAUGCUUUAAAUGAACGGAAAAUUUGAGCAAACACUCUCUACAUAUUACUUUCAGAAGGAACCAAGAGCCAACCAACACCGACACGUAAUAUGUUGCAUGGUUUUCCUUGUGAAUUGCAGAGGAUAUGUUGCACAGCACGCAUUGAAUGUUAAAGGCAAGGAAUGGUUUUCAGUUCAGGAUUCUCUGGCAACAUGUUGCAAACUGAGCUUUUGGCAAUACAGUUUUCUCUUGAAUGCAACAGAUCCUCAGUUAUCCAUUGCAGACAGAUAAUCAAAUUCUUAUUAGUUAUCUAGGUUUUAUAAUGUUAUCUAUACUUGCAUAUUUAGCAUUUUAGUAUUCGUUAUUUUUUUUUAAAAAGUUUAUUAUUCAAAAAAUAUCCGUGCAUAUGUGGUUCAAGUCUUUGGGGUGUGUUGUAAAAGAACCAACCUCUUAAUAGUUUAAUGAAAUUCUAUUUUUCUCA